AGCCUGUCGUUUUUUUUCAAAGGAUCAUCUUGGGGAUUAUUUUUACGAUAUUUGUCGUGUGAGGUUGGGGUUGCCGUAGCUCGUCUCUAAUUAGCUGUUGAAAUACAACCGGUACAGCAAAUUAUAAUUUCAUUCUCACUUUGACUUUUUCCAUAUCGAGUCAAAAAUGCCGGGUGUCACCCGGUCGUACCUCGGUGAGAGUGAGCGGGUGCAAGAGGUAGAGAUCCGGGGGAAGCGGUCCCCCUCGCCGCUCCCGCAGGCCUACCAGACCGAACAGGUCCAAACCCGGUCCAAGCCCACGCCAGGCUGCUUUCGGUGGGAGGCGCCGUCCGGUGCGGAUCUGGUGGUGGCCGCGGUGACCACCACCGAGAUUUCGGCCCCCCGGACGAAAAACAUAUCGCUUUCGGGCAGGAAUGCGGGGGAACGCGACGAGAAUUUGUUUCUGAGGGUCGCGAAAGCAGCGGAGGCGGUAGAUGACGUGUUUCGGGGAAAGGGAAUCGGCCUGCGCGGCCAGCACGUCGCGGACUCUGCAAAGUACGUAAUAAUUUUGAUUUUCCUUGUAUCGACAGUAGAGUAAAUGUAAAUCUCGUCCUGAACGGUGAGAAUUAUAAUCGAUGUGCAUACAGAUACAACUAGAAGACUAGUAUUGAACCGACAAAAUAUUAAAACGACAGUAUGUCGCUGCUGUGGUCUCCGCGUGCGGCGACGGGAGAGUUUUCGCCACGCAAUGCGGAGGAAACGAGUUUUCGCCGCAAGAAGAGCACCGAGGUGUUUCCGCACCGCGUUCUGAACUCCGUUCCCGGGAAAGGAACGCACUGCGAGAGCGCGCCGCCCCGGCCCGUCGGUCGCCGGCAUGAGGCGGCGUGGCAGCAGCGCCAGUCGGGCGACGGAGCGAAACGCUUAAUCACGCUGGAGCAGCCGACAGGAAGGCAAAUGGAAGGGGAGGAUGCGUCGUUGAGGUACUUUUUCAGACUACAUAGCAGGGUAUUUCUUUUUCUACUACCUAGCUAGGUCGUUGGUUCGAUAAAGGUGUCCUUGUACUAGAGCCGCGAAGGCGUUGUACACACAGCAGAUGAAAGAAGGUCUUGGACAAGUAACUGAGUGCUGGCUGAAAAUAAAUAUAUCCAUCGAGAUUUUUUUUCAUCGAAAACCCGGCCCAGACCGCCUAUCACCGCCGUCCCUCGGGAUUGGGCCCGGUAUUAUGCCAGCCACUCGGUUCUGAAAGACGUGCACAACGACGCCGCUGCAGCGCCCGCUUCUGCCACAGCGUCCUCAGCACAAGAGCCAUCGUCUCGCGCCGCGUAUUUCCCUCAGCGGAAGUAUGGAAGCGUCAGGUUUGAAAUCGACAAAGUUGAAAUGAUUUGCCAUGCAUAAAAUGCAAGGCAUGAAGUGCCUGUCUUGCCGGGAUAGCAAGUGAGGCCGAUUGUGAGCCUGCUUAGGGUUUGAAAUAGAGCUACCAAACUCGCAUGACAAAAGCACUCUUCUGUGCCCAAACAGCAUGACAAAUUGGAUUCCGGUGCUCGUAAAAUCUGUCAUGCGCCGCUUGUUAAGUGGGCUUCCGACUGGUAUCUGUUUUAUGCAUGACAAACUAUUUCAACUUUGACGAUUUCAAACCUGACACAUCCAUAGGAAGCGCAGCCGGUCUCCGGUGACUGCCAAGGUCGGGUCGCCAAGAUCCUGGGCCGAGGCGGAGGCGGAACAUGGAGGCGGAAAUGCUAAAGAAACCAAUACAACCGUUCGGUCGACGAAUCCGGCGGUUAUCCGGGAGAAAAUAUGCAAGACAAAAACUGUGUAGGUGCAAAUCUGUAAUGCAAAACACGCAACAGAGUUACACCUGUCAUGCCAGACCGCCAUGAAGUUCUCUUUUCCUGUGUGUUUUCCCUUACAAGCCACGCAUGACAGGUUUUCUUUGUCAUGUAGAGCAAAUUUGUGAUGCUGUCAGCCAAAGAUAGUUACACUAACACAGUUUUUUUCUUGGAUAGAAAAUUGUGGCGGACCAGUACUACCCGGUGACUCACGUGUAUCGAGGAAAAAAACGUUGUUAGUGUAAAUUUGUGAUGCGCAACAUGCAAGAUGAUUGCGUCUGUCAUGCUUGGUAUGCAUCGUAUUAAGGUCCAUUAAAGGGCGUUUUCACGUACUAUCUGCGCAUGACAGGUUUUUGCUGUCAUGCCAGACAAAUUUGUAAUGCUGUUCCUCCAAAAAAGUUACACCUGCAAUGUUUUUUUCUUUGAUAACGUGCUGAAAAAGGACAAGCAGGGGAAAAGGAAUUACUCGGAACACCACCAGAAGACCUUUCACAGCAAAAAUUUUUCCUACAACACUCACGUGGAUAAGAGGCGUAAAAUCAACAUCAAUAUUACCAUCACAAUCACUUGGAACUUUUUAUUUCAUGCUGUCGUGCACGACGCUUGUGCUUGUGCAGCUACUGUGCAGGCUGUACUACACGUUCACGUUCUUCCAUUUCUAUUUUGCACGCUUUUUGUACUUUUAUGAGUGACUGAGCAACAUGCCAAAACGCAGCGCAAUUCUGUUUCGCAUAAACAAAUAGAUAUAGAUGGUAAUGCUGCCGGUUUUCCACAGGACAGUCAACCACGAUGCGGAAUUGGUGGUGCCGUCCACAGGCCCCGCCCCGGCCGAGGAAGAGGGCCGUCGGGAGCUGCGUGCAAAGCGGCACGAGCACGAUAUGGUUGGUGGCCGGAAGAUCUCGCACGAGACGCUGCGACCCGCGGCCACGGUGGAGGCCGGUCUGCGUCGGUUUCACGAAGAGACCCGAUACGAACCAACCACGGAAAAAAAGUGGGCCAGACCCGCCAAACCAAGCUGGGAAGAGAAGGAGGUACUUCACAUAUCUAAGAAUGGUUGUGCAGCUUCUUUAAAUUCGUUGUUAUUUUGUUGAUGUGCGUGCACCAACAUAUUAGUAAGUUGUUAGGGUUACACACAAAAAAUAAAUCAAUACAGCUGCUGCUCGAGAAGGAGGGGAUUGGCAGCCAGCAGAAGCGUCACUUCCAGCCCGCGUCCAGACUGGUCCAGUCCGACGAGCGACUGAAAAAUGCACCGGCGACCUUCGAUUCCAUCAAUUUGCAGAGCCCCGCCCCGCGGUACUUCGAGGUGGCGAAGGACGAGCGACGGAAAAGCAAGGACCACGUGGACCGCGUCCAGCAGACCUCGAGUUUUCUCGAGUCCCGCGGCGUCACAAGGUGCAUGCGAAAGACGGAUCCGAGCUUUCAGACUACUUCUUCUAAAAACCGGAUGAACCGCGACGGCAACCGCGUGCUCGGUGGCGGCUUUUACAGCGGCGGAAGCGAGCACAGUGACAGCAUCAAGAAUAAAAAUCUGCAAAGAGGACGGCCCACGGCCGGACACAAGCCGCUUGACCGGGAUACUCUGCCCUAUCACGCGUUGGAAGUAGGAGCAGCAACUGGGGGAGCUGCCGCAACCGCUUCAACAAACAGGACAACGGCGACCACCCCGGCCGGGGGCAAACAGCACUUCGCCGUCGUAGAUCACGUAAACGAACAGGAGCACGGCCUGCCGAUGCACAAGGACGAGCAAUACGCCAUGGCUGUCCACGGAAGAACCCAUUUCCACGUCGUGGACCACUUGCAGCAGCAGGCAAAUGGGGAUCCGCCGCGGCUUUCGGAGCAGAAAGCGGACGUGCACGGCAGAAAGCACUUUGAAGAGGUAGAUCAUUUACGAGCUACAAAUACAACACCUACUUUCCACGGCCCCGCCGCAGGCGCGGACAUGCAGAAGGUCAAGGAGCGGGUCAGCGCGAAGGGCUCGAAACACGGCUUCCACGUGCGGUAUCAAAUGCAAAUUUAGCGAUCCGGGUCUGGAAGAAUGGCGAAGUUUGGCAUGCAUGAUUUGAAUGGCUUUGGCUAUGGCCCACGGAGUCUGCAAUUAUGCACGGUCUUCUUAGCUGCAUCUUCACACGGUUAUUUUUCAAAGAAUGGAUUUUUUUUGCUAUCUUCGCAACACAAUUUUUCGUGUGAUCUACGGGACGACGCAUGACAAGUUUGCAAUGUUCCAGUGAACAACACCAGACAUAUUUGCACUUCAUAUCGGGUGCUCGGCCACGAAAACGAGCGACCAAUUGCCCGCGCACAAGUUGGUGCAACUUGGUAAGCAAGAGCUCCUAGCGAGUAAAACACCGCUCCCUGCCUCCCGCGCGAACAUUGCGGAGUCGAAGCAACGAGGACGUUUUUUGUCGCCCACCCGGGAUGCCGACGAUUGCCCGAACCCCAAGCCCCAUGCGCGGACGUCAGCGAUUUUACUGCGGAAGCAACGGCAGGAGGUCAACCCGAAACCCAUCACCAGCCCGAGGAUGGAAUACACGCUGGAUUGAGAAAGGACUUUGUCAUUGCGUAGAAGAAAUGCACCUUAAAAAUCUAAUGUCGUGUCAGUAUAUUUGUUUUUGACCAUGUAAGAUAGAGUGUACGCAUAGUGCGCUAUACCGAAAAAUCAUCUUUCUUUUUUCGACUUCGAGUUGUCUUUGGUUUAUUUACCUAGUAAGUGAAACUGGAAUACAAAUAGAAAUAACUCUUUCGUGCGAAUCAUUUAAGCUUUUUUAUUCAUCAUCUUAACAAAUUUGGAAAUUUCAUGGGGAAAAAGUUUUGGAGCGCUAGCAAAGCGUGUGCGUGUAUCUAUCAUCUCACCACUGUAAUUAUCACAUUUGGCAUAGUUUGCGUCAAGAACGACCACAACAAACUGUACAUAGUCUAAAUUUGGAGCAGAAAGUGAGCAAAACCAAAACAAAUAGAAGGCGAAAGCUUCGUUUUUUUUUGUGUGUGCUGACACACAAAUGGAAAUGUUACCGAGGAG